AAUAAAGAGACACGGUUUUUGAAUCGACAGAUGCAUUAAAUGGCUGCACCCCGUGGUUUGUUGCAUAGCCCAUGUUCGGAUGAGAAUAUUAUGCAUUAUUAUGUGUUUAAAGACAUCCGUCUGCCUCCAUUUUGUCGGGGGAAAAUGGAAGAGAUCAGCGAGUUUGAUGUUCGCGAGGACGAUGUGUGGGUAAUUUCGUAUCCACGGGCAGGUCUUUGGCUAGAAGAUGUAACAUACCUUGUGAUGCACUCUACAGAAGUAGGGAUUGGAGAUAUGAGUCAAGAAUCUAUUGAAAAUGGUGUACAAUUCUUAGAGUAUCCUCACCCAGGCUUAGAAACUAUAAAGAACCUACCGUCCCCUAGAAUCAUCAAAACACAUCUUCCGUACUGUAUGCUUCCCAGGGCGGUGCAAGAAGCCCACUGUAAGGUUGUAUACAUGUGCAGGAAUCCGAAAGAUGUUAUGUGCUCUUUUUAUGACUUCCAUCGAAUGGUGAAAAUUGUAAAUUACAAAUGCACCCUGUCACAAUUCUUCUACCGGUUCUUUAAUCAUAAACUUGGGUAUGGCUCAUACUUUGAACAUGUAUUGGAUUGGUGGAAACACAAGGAGGAAGAAAACUUACUAAUACUCAAGUACGAGGACAUGAAAAAAAAUUUUGGGGAAUUUACAAGAACUUUGGCAAAAUUCAUUGGUAUGCAAUUGAUGCCUGAACAAGUGAGAAAUCUAGAAAACUACUGGAUGUCACAAUCUCAGUACAACAAAAGAGAAGACAGAGUUGGGCAAUGGAAGAGCUAUUUCACAGUGAUAAUGGAUGAGAAGUUUGAUGAACUUUUACCUGAGAAACUUAAGAGGUCAACACUUCAGUUUGACUACCAAUAGAAAUUGUAUUACAGUAGAGUAAUAUACAAAUACAAAAUUAAAUGGUUUGAGGUGAAGUAGUGAAUUUCGCUUCCCUAAGUGUUUUAUGAUUGGGACUACCUCCCGACCCCAAGCAGAGAGGUAGUCCUAAUUAUCCAACAUUGAGGGAAGUAGAAUUACUACUUUAUCGAAAUAGUGACUAUGUUGUAUUUGUUUUACUAUACCUCAUAGUCACUAUUUCGAUAAAGUAGUAAUAGUGACUAUGUUGUAUUUGUUUUAUUAUACCUCAUAAAUAUUAAACAACACAUCAUCUCUCUACAUUAGCAUUUUCAGAUAAAAUUACACAGUUUGCAUACGGUUCACGUAGGCAGGGGUGUGGUGGUCGAUUUUGUGUAAUAUGUUUUUCCCGAUGUAUGCAUAAAUUUGGCAUGCACAAGUAGGUAGGAGAAACUACUGCACACCAGGUAGAAUUGGCCAAUGAAAUGUUGUUAUUACCUAAUUAAUAUUUAUGAGGUAUAGAGUAAAAAUUUAGUUAUCAAAUGCUAAAAAUAGCAAGAAAAGGUUUAAAAUUUUGAUGAUUAAUCCCCAUGAUGAUUCUAGAAAAGGAAUAAUGUAGGCCUACAGUAAAAUUCAGUAUUGUAAUUGCUAAUACUUUGUACAUUAUCAGUGGUGGUUCCAAAAAUUUGC